AUGGCGAUCUUGAAGGAGUUGCCAGGCGUGACAGUCACCAUUGUGACUGGUGGGCGAGAUCUUGAGGAGCACACUACCGCUGAUAUCAUGCCGACAAAGCGCACUUUCAACUGCCUGGUCGAGGCCAGCUCGGAUCAGAUCUUCAAGGUGCAGUACCGCGUGAGAGAUCCUCAUGUCUUUGAAGGCUCGGACCUACGAUUCACUGUGUACGUGGACGGAGAAGAGACAGACGGGACUCUGAUAUCCAAAGCAGAAGCCAACAGCGGCACUGCAGCCAGGGCUAGUCGCGGACUGCAGGUUGCACGAGACAUGAUGCGCAGGUACAAGUUCACUGAUGUUGAGAUCGUGGGCUAUGCAAGUUCCUCUCUUCCCUCGGCGACUGCUUCCAUGGCACCUUUCGGGUACAGGCCGGGCAUGCUCACUCCCGCGACCAAUACUUCAAGAGGCACAACAAGCGCUUCACGUAGCGUCGUAUCGGCAACAACGCACACACCAGUGUCCAAUAUGGAUGAGCUGGGCACCAUCAAGAUCGAGGUCACGCACGUGAACAGACGCCGCACGGAACCCUUCCGAGUCUCCGGUGAUCAUAUCACCAAUGUCGACAAGAAGAAAAAGUCUGCCAGACAUAGUCCUGUGUCGCAUGUGAUCAGUCUAUGCAAGCCCGAGAAGACCAGGCCUGUCGAGAGCGUAUGGGUCGUCGACAGCAUCUGGGGCACUCCAAAGCCAGCUGCUACCUUCGUCUUCCACUGCCGCUCCUCACGCCUGCUACACACUAUGCUCAAGCUCAACUUGAGUGUCAUUGAGGAGGCUUCAGAGGAGCCAAGUUACCGUGGAUCAGACAGCGUACUAGUUGACAACAUACUGGGAGCAGAUGCCCUUCGAGGACGCGGCAUGCACAAGACAGAUCAACCAGGCAUCCCACCGAACGUCCUCGCCGACAGACUCCAGGAUCUCGCCAUCUCGCGUCUAUCAGAACCUCUUGGUACCGCCUCUGUCACCUCGUUCUCCAGCUCUAAUGGCGCUGCCCGCAUCUUUACGCCGAGCUCGACGACCGCCACGAACAUUGGCACCUACACGCCAAGCUCGAUGACAACGACCAACGUUGGCAUCUACACACCGGCCGCGCAAGAUGAUCCGGACGACUCGGAUUCCGAUAUCUUCUCCACGCCGCCGGAGACCACAAGAGCCAGCAGUCCAGCUCCAACUACUCCAAGGCAGUCAACUGGUCUCAAUGAAUCGUGA